GAGGCCGGUCCGCAGCCGCGCGGCGCUCAGCGCCCCAUUCAUGCUGGGCAGCGGCGACGCAGCCACGCAGCGGAGCGGAGCCCGGGCGCAGCGGCCUCGGCGGCCUGCGCGGCGUGGGCGGCCCCGCGGAGGGGCAAGCGGCAGGGCGCGGCGAUGGCCGGCGGCGGGGCGCGCCCGGGGUUGUCGGGGCCAGGAAACCCAGUCCCAUGAUGCUCACCCCUACAGGACCUGAAUACCUUGACUUGAGGCCCCAGCCCACCAUGCCACUGCCAACCCUGAGCCCUCGGACACCACUGUUGCUGCUGCUACUGCUGCUGCUGAGGGGUGUGUGGAUGGCCAUCAGCUCACCCCCAGCUGGUGUGGGUCUACAGCCUGCCUUCCGCACCUUUGUGGCCAAUGACUGGGGCCUCACCCACCUCGUGGUUCACGAGCAGACAGGAGAGGUAUAUGUUGGCGCAGUGAACCGCAUCUACAAGCUGUCAGGGAACCUGACCCUGCUUCGGGCCCAUGUGACAGGCCCUGUAGAAGACAAUGAGAAAUGCUACCCACCCCCCAGUGUCCAGUCAUGCCCACAUGGCCUGGGCAGCACAGACAACGUCAACAAGCUUCUACUGCUGGACUAUGCUGCCAACCGCCUGUUGGCCUGUGGCAGUGCCUCACAGGGCAUCUGCCAGUUCCUGAGGUUGGACGAUCUCUUCAAGCUGGGCGAGCCACACCACCGCAAGGAGCACUACCUGUCCAGUGUCCGAGAGGCCAGCAGCAUGGCAGGAGUACUUAUUGCUGGGACUCCUGGCCAGGGCCAGGCCAAGCUCUUCGUAGGGACACCCAUCGAUGGCAAAUCAGAAUACUUCCCCACAUUGUCCAGUCGCCGGCUCAUGGCCAAUGAGGAAGAUGCUGACAUGUUUGGUUUCGUGUACCAGGACGAGUUUGUGUCAUCUCAGCUCAAGAUCCCAUCAGACACACUGUCCAAGUUCCCAGCCUUUGACAUCUACUAUGUGUACAGUUUCCGCAGCGAGCAGUUCGUAUACUACCUCACCCUGCAGCUGGACACGCAACUUACCUCGCCUGAUGCCGCUGGUGAGCACUUCUUCACCUCCAAGAUUGUGCGGCUGUGUGUGGAUGACCCCAAGUUCUACUCCUAUGUGGAGUUUCCCAUUGGCUGCGAACAGGCUGGCGUGGAGUACCGCCUGGUGCAGGAUGCCUACCUGAGCCGGCCAGGCCAGGUCCUGGCCAAGCAGCUGGGCCUUGCUGAGGAUGAGGACGUGUUGUUCACCGUGUUCGCACAGGGCCAGAAGAACCGUGUGAAGCCGCCCAAGGAGUCGGCGCUGUGCCUAUUCACACUGCGGGCCAUUAAGGAGAAAAUCAAAGAGCGCAUCCAGUCAUGCUACCGUGGUGAGGGCAAGCUUUCACUGCCUUGGCUGCUCAACAAGGAGCUGGGCUGCAUCAACUCGCCCCUGCAGAUCGAUGACGACUUCUGCGGGCAGGACUUCAACCAGCCACUGGGGGGCACGGUCACCAUCGAGGGCACACCCCUUUUUGUGGACAAGGAUGAUGGCCUGACUGCUGUGGCUGCCUAUGACUACCAGGGCCGCACCGUGGUUUUCGCUGGCACUCGCAGCGGCCGCAUCCGCAAGAUACUGGUGGACCUCGCAAACCCCAGUGGCAGGCCAGCGCUGGCUUAUGAGAGUGUGGUGGCUCAGGAGGGCAGCCCUAUCCUGCGUGACCUCGUCCUCAGCCCCAACCGCCAGUACCUCUAUGCUAUGACGGAAAAGCAGGUGACGCGGGUACCUGUGGAAAGCUGUGUGCAGUAUACUUCCUGUGAGCUGUGCCUGGGGUCUCGGGACCCCCACUGUGGCUGGUGUGUCCUGCACAGUGUCUGCUCUAGGCAGGAUGCCUGUGAGCGGGCAGAUGAGCCCCAGCGGUUCGCCUCUGACCUGUUGCAGUGUGUGCAGUUGACUGUCCAGCCACGCAAUGUGUCAGUCACCAUGUCCCAGGUGCCGCUUGUGCUGCAGGCCUGGAAUGUGCCUGACCUCUCAGCUGGUGUCAACUGCUCCUUUGAGGACUUCACAGAAACUGAGAGCAUCCUGGAAGAUGGCCGCAUCCACUGCCGCUCACCCUCUGCCCGGGAAGUAGCACCUAUCACACAGGGCCAAGGAGACCAGCGGGUUGUGAAGCUCUACCUCAAGUCCAAGGAGACGGGGAAGAAGUUCGCAUCUGUGGACUUUGUCUUCUAUAACUGCAGUGUUCAUCAGUCCUGCCUGGCAUGUGUCAACGGUUCCUUCCCCUGCCACUGGUGCAAAUAUCGUCAUGUGUGCACCAACAAUGCGGCCGACUGUGCCUUUCUGGAAGGCCGUGUCAAUGUGUCUGAGGAUUGCCCACAGAUCCUGCCUUCUACCCACAUCUAUGUGCCAGUGGGUGUGGUGAAGCCCAUCACCCUGGCCGCACGGAACCUGCCACAGCCACAGUCAGGCCAGCGAGGGUACGAGUGCCUUUUCCACAUCCCAGGCAGCCCGGCCCGCGUCACUGCACUGCGCUUCAACAGCUCCAGCCUGCAAUGCCAGAACUCCUCGUACUCCUAUGAGGGGAAUGAUAUCAGUGACCUGCCUGUGAACCUAUCAGUUGUGUGGAAUGGCAACUUUGUCAUUGACAACCCCCAGAACAUACAGGCCCACCUCUACAAGUGCCCAGCCCUGCGCCAGAGUUGUGGCCUCUGCCUCAAGGCAGACCCACGCUUUGAGUGUGGCUGGUGUGUAGCUGAGCGUCGCUGUUCCCUCCGUCACCACUGCCCAGCUGACUCACCAACCUCCUGGAUGCAUGCCCACCAUGGCAGCAGCCGCUGCACAGACCCCAAGAUUCUCAAGCUGUCCCCAGAGACAGGCCCUCGGCAGGGAGGGACAAGGCUCACCAUCACUGGCGAGAAUCUGGGCCUGCGGUUCGAGGAUGUGCGGCUAGGAGUGCACGUGGGCAAGGUGCUGUGCAGCCCUGUGGAGAGCGAGUACAUCAGCGCAGAGCAGAUUGUCUGUGAGAUUGGAGAUGCCAGCACAUUGCGGGCCCAUGACGCCCUGGUGGAAGUGUGUGUACGGGACUGUUCCCCCCACUACCGAGCCCUGUCCCCCAAGCGCUUCACCUUUGUGACACCAACCUUCUACCGCGUGAGCCCCUCCCGCGGGCCUCUGUCCGGAGGAACAUGGAUUGGCAUCGAAGGAAGCCAUCUGAAUGCAGGCAGUGAUGUGGCUGUGUCCAUUGGUGGCCGACCCUGCUCCUUCUCCUGGAGGAAUUCUCGAGAGAUCCGCUGCCUGACACCACCCGGGCAGACCCCUGGCAGUGCCCCUAUUGUCAUCAACAUCAACCGUGCCCAGCUCUCCAACCCUGAAGUGAAGUACAACUAUACCGAAGACCCCACUAUCCUGAGGAUUGACCCCGAGUGGAGCAUCAACAGUGGUGGGACCCUCCUAACAGUCACAGGCACCAAUCUGGCUACCGUCCGUGAACCUCGAAUCCGGGCCAAGUACGGAGGUGUUGAGAGGGAGAAUAGCUGCAUGGUGUACAAUGACACCACCAUGGUGUGCCGGGCGCCGUCUAUACACAACCCAACGCGCAGCCCACCAGAACUGGGAGAGCGGCCAGAUGAGCUUGGCUUCAUCAUGGACAAUGUACGCACGCUGCUGGUACUCAACAGCUCCACAUUCCUCUACUACCCGGACCCUGUACUGGAGCCGCUCAGCCCUACUGGGCUCUUGGAGCUGAAGCCCAGCUCCCCACUCAUCCUCAAGGGACGGAAUCUCCUGCCACCUGCUCCUGGCAAUUCCAGGCUCAACUACACGGUGCUCAUCGGCUCCACACCCUGUAUCCUCACCGUGUCUGAGACCCAGCUGCUGUGUGAAGCACCCAAUCUCACAGGGCAGCACAAAGUCACGGUGCGGGCCGGCGGCUUCGAGUUCUCGCCUGGGAUGCUGCAGGUGUACUCGGAUAGCCUGCUUACACUGCCAGCCAUCGUGGGUAUCGGUGGGGGUGGUGGCCUCUUGCUUCUGGUCAUCGUGGCCGUGCUCAUUGCCUACAAACGCAAGUCCCGGGAUGCUGACCGUACCCUCAAGAGACUGCAGCUCCAAAUGGACAACCUGGAGUCACGCGUGGCCCUUGAGUGCAAGGAAGCCUUUGCAGAGCUACAGACGGACAUCCAUGAGCUGACCAGCGACCUGGAUGGUGCCGGCAUACCAUUCCUUGACUACCGUACUUAUGCCAUGCGAGUGCUGUUCCCUGGCAUUGAGGACCAUCCUGUACUGAAAGAGAUGGAGGUGCAGGCCAAUGUGGAGAAGUCGCUGACACUGUUCGGACAGCUGUUGACCAAGAAGCACUUCCUGUUGACCUUCAUCCGUACACUGGAGGCCCAGCGUAGCUUCUCCAUGCGUGACCGUGGGAACGUGGCCUCCCUCAUCAUGACAGCCCUGCAGGGUGAGAUGGAGUAUGCCACGGGCGUGCUUAAGCAGUUGCUUUCUGACCUUAUUGAGAAGAACCUGGAAAGCAAGAACCACCCCAAACUGCUGUUGCGGAGGACUGAAUCGGUGGCAGAGAAGAUGCUAACCAACUGGUUCACCUUCCUUUUGUAUAAGUUCCUCAAGGAGUGUGCUGGGGAGCCGCUCUUCAUGCUGUACUGUGCCAUCAAGCAGCAGAUGGAGAAGGGCCCCAUUGAUGCCAUCACAGGGGAGGCCCGCUACUCUCUGAGUGAGGACAAGCUCAUCCGGCAGCAGAUUGACUACAAGACCCUGACCCUGAACUGUGUGAACCCCGAGAAUGAGAAUGCGCCUGAGGUUCCUGUGAAGGGGCUGAACUGCGACACCGUGACACAGGUCAAGGAGAAACUACUCGAUGCUGUAUACAAGGGUGUGCCUUACUCACAGCGGCCCAAGGCUGGGGACAUGGACCUGGAGUGGCGCCAGGGCCGCAUGGCACGCAUCAUCCUUCAGGACGAGGACGUCACCACCAAAAUUGACAACGACUGGAAGAGGCUGAACACACUGGCUCACUAUCAGGUGACAGAUGGCUCAUCGGUGGCACUAGUACCCAAGCAGACAUCUGCCUACAACAUCUCCAACUCCUCUACCUUCACUAAGUCUCUCAGCAGAUACGAGAGCAUGCUGCGUACAGCCAGUAGCCCCGACAGCCUACGCUCACGAACACCCAUGAUCACGCCAGACCUGGAAAGUGGCACAAAACUGUGGCACCUGGUAAAGAACCAUGACCACCUGGACCAACGCGAGGGUGAUCGUGGCAGCAAGAUGGUCUCUGAAAUCUACCUGACAAGGCUGCUGGCCACCAAGGGGACACUGCAGAAGUUCGUGGAUGACCUGUUUGAGACCAUCUUCAGCACAGCGCACCGUGGCUCUGCCCUGCCUCUGGCCAUCAAGUACAUGUUUGACUUCUUGGAUGAGCAAGCCGACAAACACCAGAUCCAUGACUCUGAUGUGCGCCAUACCUGGAAGAGCAAUUGCCUGCCCCUGCGCUUCUGGGUGAACGUGAUCAAGAACCCACAGUUUGUGUUUGACAUCCACAAGAACAGCAUAACGGAUGCCUGUCUCUCCGUGGUGGCACAGACCUUCAUGGACUCCUGUUCCACGUCAGAGCACAAGCUGGGCAAAGACUCACCCUCCAACAAGUUGCUCUAUGCUAAGGACAUCCCCAACUACAAGAGCUGGGUCGAAAGGUACUAUGCUGACAUUGCCAAGAUGCCCGCCAUCAGUGAUCAAGACAUGAGCGCCUACCUAGCAGAGCAGUCCCGACUGCAUCUUAGCCAGUUCAACAGCAUGAGUGCCCUGCAUGAGAUCUAUUCCUACAUCGCCAAGUACAAGGACGAGAUUCUGGUAGCGCUGGAAAAAGAUGAGCAGGCACGAAGGCAGCGGCUUCGGAGCAAACUGGAGCAGGUGGUGGACACGAUGGCCCUGAGCAGCUGAGCCCUAGAAGUGACCACCCAGCAGGAGGCAGAGCAGGAGGGCAGCAAGGGGGACCCAGGAGACAGCCCUUGGCUCACCUAUACCGAGUGCCAGGUGUGGGGCCUGCAGUUGGGUCCUGGCCCUCGCCUUCCUCUCCCUGCCGUGCAGGGUUGACUUUUAUUGCUGUGGAUGUGAGGGUCCUGCCGAGCCACCUCUGUGCCUAGGGCUUUGCUGCCCUGGGGCGAGGAUUGCAAAGCAGGGCUGGUUCUACCCAAGGAUAUUUGCUGCUUGGCAAGAGCUGCUGGUGGCCUUCCUGGGAGAGAGGUGGCCUCUGAGGGGCCGAGAUAGAAGGCCAGGCCCUCCCAAAGGAGGGCACCAAGACAAGGGACUGGACCAGUUUGCAGUUCCUGACUUCUCCAGCUGCUACCAGCGGGCAGAGUCUGAGGGAGAGGUGAGAUACCCAGGGCUGGGCAAAGAGCCACAGCCUGGGGCUGUCCCACUAGCCUCUACUCCAGCACCCCGUGCUUGCCACCACCCUCGGAUUCACCGCGUGCUCUGCGCGGGCCAAGGCUGGAGUGCCAUGUCCUUCUGUUGGGGAGAGGCUCUACUCCCCUCCUAUGGAGGGGCUGCAGACCCCACUCCUGAGUGACAUGCGGACAACGGCUAGGCAAACCCUUCUCUGUCCUCAGGGCUGUGCCUCUGGGAGCCUCCGGGCCUGGGGCUCCAGUCAGAGUGCAUGUUCCCAUUAUUUAUUCCCCGCUCCUGCUCCUUGCUCUGCCCACCGUGGAGCUCAGGAGGGUAGCAGACCGCUGUCCUACCACCCUACCCUCUCUCCUCCCUGCUCCUGACACUCCCCAGUGGCUUCCAGUCUGGCAUCUCAGCAGUGUCCUGGCCCCUGCAGUGGGACAUCUGGGUACUGCUUUUUAAGGGAACAAGAAAUCCUGCUGCAUUCUGCCCUAGGGGUAGGGCAGGGUACUUCUGCCAUCCUGCUGGCCAUGGACAGUGACCCAAGGGACCGGAGGUCAGCUGUGUCCACCUUUGCCCACAACGAGCAACAGAACACAUUUUUAAUGGACCCUGUACAUAUAUAUAUAUAUGUAUAUGUAUAUAUAUAUAUGUGGCCCCAGCCCCAGUGGGGUGCUGUACAGUUACUUGAGGGAGGAGACACAGAAAGGCAAUUCAGGAGGAACCCAGGUGGAAGAGAGCAAAGCCAAGGGUCCUGGAGCUGCCAUCUGAUGUGGCCUCUGCUUCCCACAGACGGAAGAAGCCCCUGCCCAAGCUACCGGGUGCCCCAACUUCGGGUACAGAGGCUGUGGACCUGCAUGACUGUGCUAGCGUUUAGUCUGAGUUGAUCUUUUCGAACUGCAAGUGUUGAAUACUAGAGGUGGUUAGACCCUUUUUUUUUAAUGUUUUUAAAUUAAUUAGUCAUUGGAAAAGCAAGCGAGCGGCCUAUCCUCUUUUCAAGUUCACUUUUUCGAUGGUACUAAAGAUUAUAAUGGAUUUUAAGGGACAGCUAAAUGUGGCCAGGCCCAGCCUCAGUGCUGGGGACAACGUACCCCAUGUCCAUGGGCUGCUAGCCUUGUACCCCCUCACAUUCCAAGCUGGGGAGCCAGAUGGGACAGGUUGGACGUCAGAUUAGAGCUGCGCCUUUAGGUUGCUAUGGGGCAGGUGCAAGGACUCAGGGAGCUCCUCCUCCAUGGUUGUCAAGGGUCCUGGGUAUCCUAGGCCUUGAGCUCUGGUCAAGUGUCUCUGUGGCUCACUCUUUGGGCUGAUACUGGGGUCAGAGCCGAGUCUAGCCAACCUGGAUAUAACGUUUCUCAGUAGCCCCUGUUGCCUGGGGUUUUCCCCUUGGAUAUAACCCUCUCUUCCUUCUGAUGCCUCCGGGCUGUGCCUGGGUGGGAGUCUCAAUUUCCCCUAAAGUCUUCCCUGGAUGUGGGCUUCAAAUAGAAGCCCCUAGUUCUUCCAGCUCUGCCUGGACCACGCACAGCUUCUAGGCUCAACGCCUUCACUAUCCAGCCCUACCACCCUGCCCAAGGCCCCCAGGCUCCCUUAGAAUGGGCCAGCCUCACUCUACCCUACCAGGCCACCACACCUCUGUGGGUGUCACAGGUGGGUGGUGAGGUCACCUGGAGCAGCCUCCCCAGGGCAUCUGUUCGCAAGCACUUUAGCGUAUCUGUUUACAUGCGAGCUGCCCUAGCUGGUCUCGCCAGGCCUCUUCUCGGCACAGCCAUCAGGGCCAGGCCUCACCUCCCUGGACUGGACUCUGCCAUCUGCUGGCCUUGGUGUUCAAGAGCCACCCAUCUCUGUGGCACCCUGCAAAGGGCUCCACUCCAGCUUAGAUACAGCCUGGGUUUGGAGCCCACUGUGCACUGGGUGGUAGAUGCUCAGAGCCAACCUCUACAGUCCUAGGCCCAAGGGGGUGGCCAAGCACUACUCCAGCCAGCCUGGCUCUAACAUUCUUGGUACUGCCGUCCUGCCGUGGGCUCUGUCCCCCAAAGCCCUAACCUCCUGCCUGGUUUUCCCCCUUUGAACCCAGACUCAGGAGUGCCUAGGCUGUUAAAAGCUGAGCCUGGGUGCCUGGCUUCCACAUGCCUUGGGCUGGCCCUGUGCUCUCCUGCUGGCCCACCCUCUUAUGGUUGGACAGCUGACGAGGGCAGCAGGGAUUAGGGCCUUGAUGUGUCCCCAAGAGGCACAGCAUUGAGUUCCAGGCACAGGCCAGCUCCCUCUGUUGGAACAGAGGGGCCCGACCACAACCCCCUACUCCAGUUCCCCCAGUUUGGAUCUGGUGGCUCACAUCGGUGCUACACAAGCUAGAGUAGAUAUAUUUAGAGAGAGAAAGCUAUUUUUAAGGUGAAGCCCAUGAUUAGCUGUCCUUUAAUGCCGCAGAACACUCCCUUUACCCCCCACCCAAAAAAAUGGUCAUUUGGACGGUCUGAGUAGACCAGGAAGCGGCAGAGCCGACACGCUCAGCCAUCAGAUUGUAAAUAUACGGCUAUUUCCUAUUUUACGGUUCUUCAGAUUUAGUACUUGUAAAUAAACACACAUUAAGGAGAGAUUAAACAUUUUUGCUAAA